CGCUUGACUGCUCCGUAGUACAGACCGGACAAUACCGGGUUUAGUGAUCGGCGUGGAGGUUGAAUACAGCUUCUCCCGCUGACAGGCGUCUGAAUGGGAAUUAGGGUCUCCGCGUGCUCCGUCCACGGGUACUCCAUAGCGGCGGUCCUAACAGGUAAUGAACCAAUCUCUCGGGAUGAAGCCAAGAUCCAUGACGCCAGGCCGUCAGCCACCAGCAGUGCGGUUGAUUCGUGGCGCUGGGCCGGUGUCGUCCCCCAAACGACCCCAGCGAGCGCUGUCCAAUCCCGACGCCGCCAUAGCGAGGAAUUGUUCGCCAUGGCGCCUUAGUCUGCUCCAGGGUGCAUGGCUUCGCACUCGGAUCCGCUUGGGUGCCGGGAUGGCGGCCACAGGGAGAAUAAUGCGUGGGCUGCGGUGAGACGGCGAAGCAAACCCCCUUCAGAGGGCCCUUUUGGUUGGAGAUGCAGUCGCGAUUGUGUUGCGUCGUGUUGCAUUGCAUGUGUAAUAAGGCUGAAUAUAAGGGCCACGCCGCUCCGGCCUCGUGAUGCCGACUCCGCGCGGAGGUUACCCCGGAUUUCACCGGUACCAGGUUUGGAUGGAAGCCGGUUUAAUAACAGAAGCCAACUAAUAAGCACCCUGCGAAGCACCCUGCACCGCACCUCGCUUUCUCGACGAAUUGGCUGCUCCGAGAGCCUGCAAGCCUGCAAGCCUGCAAGCCUCCAACGGCCGAAAAGAGUCCACAACACCACGCAAUUCGCCAAGGCACAAGCGUCUCCGCCAGCCAAGGAACCCGCAAGCACGACGAGAAUGUCAAUGGACCACGCACCACGCACCACCACCACCAUGACCACCACCAGCAGAAUCAGCACUACCACCACACACGGCCACAACGUCAGAAUGCGCAUACGAGAAACAAGCCCAUUCUGCGGAUCAGGCAGAAAAUUGCCUCCACACGCGGCACUCUCCGACCCUAUCCACACGUGGCGGGCCUCUUUGCAAGUUGACGAGAACGAGGGCCGAGAACAAGGGACGUGGAACCGGAGGCUGAAGCGGGAACUGGAGCUGGACCUGGGAGCUGGAGCUCAAAAAAGACACACUUCCCGUCCGUCUUUCUGCCCUUUUGCGGUGAAUCACCUCGAGCCAUCUCAGUUUCUCGCCUCGUCUUCGACUUGAUUGUGUUUAUAUCCAUCCUCCCCUUUCCCGGUCGUCAGCCAGCCGAACAGCCUUUUCUUGACCGGUGUCACCUCGACCUGUAAUUCACUCGAGGUCCUUUCUACUAGGAGAGGACAAAUCACUCACAACCUCUGCAACAACAUAUAAUACCCGCUCAACUCGACUCUC